AUGUUGUUCGAUCAACAACUGGAAUUCAAGAGGCUCUGCCUCAAAGGAUCAAUAGAAGAAAACUUGUUGUGGAACCAGAUAUCUAAUAAACUUGGACUAGUUGAGUAUCUUAGAAUCUCAUCUUCUCCUGAUACUGGUUUUAGACCAGUUAUCACAUCAUGGCCACAAAAAAUUAGUAUCUUGGGUUCUGAUUGGUUCACUGUGGAGUAUCUUUUGGCGUGCACUUGCACUACAGUUACACUCAAGGAGUCUCAUCUGGAAAACAAGGAUUUAGAUGAAGUACUCAGAAAAUGGGGAGCUGGAGGGUUACCGAAUCUAAAAUAUCUAAAGAUCCAUAGCCUGAGCUUCACAGAUGAUAGAGAACAGAUCUUGGGAAUGAAUUUGAACGAAUUAGACGGGAUGGUUCUCCAAACUGAUGAUGGAUCAAAAAAGGCAACUAUUAAACUUCGCCCCUUUUGGAUCGAUAUGGAUGUAACUCCAUUUGAAUGA